ACCGGUACCGCCCGCGGGACUUAAAUUGCGGGCGAAGCGGCGGCGACAGGGACCCGCGCGCCAUGCUCUGCGGCCCGCGGCACCUGCUCUGGCUCUGUUUACCGCUGCUGCUCGCGGGCACCUCUGGACAGCUCGGCGCCAGCCGGCCGGGCGCAGGCGCUGAAGAGGAGGACUCGGGCAGAGGCUGGCCCGGCGUCCGGGGCCUACGUGAGCAGCUGCGGGAGGCCACUGCCCUCUCCAAGCGGUACUUGUCCCUCCUUAGCUGUCGCAUUUGGCCAGGGAAGUGUGAAGAGGACGCUGCAGCCUCUGCUCAAUCUCAGGGCUGGAGCCUCCCCCUGUUGGGCCAGCAGUACCUUGAUAUCCUGACCACAUGGUACUGCACCUUCCAGGAUUGCUGUGACAGUGGGGACUGCAGGAUCUCCAACAACUUCUCAGGCCUUGAGGCAGAUCUGAAGGGGCGACUGCAUGGCCAACAUCUGGCUGGGGAGCUAGUCCUGAGAACCGUGAGGGGCUACUUAGAGCUGCCUCGGCCAGACAAAGCCCUGGUGCUUUCAUUCCAUGGUUGGUCAGGCACAGGCAAGAACUUCGUGGCAAGGAUGCUGGCAGAGAACCUGUACCGGGAUGGGCUAAACAGUGACUGUGUGCAGGUGUUCAUUGCUACACUCCACUUUCCUCACCCCAAAUAUGUGGACCUGUACAAGGAGAAGCUGGCAGACCAGAUCAGGAAGACACAGGAGCGCUGCCGCCAGACCCUGUUCAUUUUUGACGAGGCUGAGAAACUGCACCCAGGAUUGCUGGAGGCCCUCCGGCCAUACUUGGAACGCCAAGCACCUGAGGCACGUAGGGCCAAUUCCCGAAAAACCAUCAUUCUUUUUCUCAGUAACCUUGGAGGCAAAGUCGUCAAUGAAGUGGUUCUGAAUCUACUUAAGGCUGGAUGGUCCCGAGAAGAAAUUACUAUUGAACAUUUAGAGCCCCACCUCCAGGCUGAGAUUGUGGCAUCCACAGACAGUGGCUUUGGUAACAGUUGUAUGGUGAAGGAAAACUUGAUUGACUUCUUCGUCCCUUUCCUACCGCUGGAGUAUCGCCACGUGAGGCUGUGUGCACGCGACGCUUUCCUGGGCCAGGAGCUUCUCUACACAGAAGAGGCACUGGAUGAAAUUGCCAAGAUGAUGACCUAUGUCCCCAAGGAGGAGCAGCUCUUCUCUUCCCAGGGCUGCAAGUCUAUCUCUCAGAGAAUUAACUAUUUCUUACCUUAGGGGAAGGCAAAGACUUCCUGAAGCAGCCUCCUUUCCAGGAACAGGACCAUAAUGGGUGGGAGAAUGACGCUGGCAUCCAGCAGUCACGAACACACAAGUGGUAUGAAAAAGGCAGGCCUUAAAGUCAGAAGUAGAGCCACUUCUUUAAGAUCACAUAGUGCCUUAAAAUGGGGGCAGGUGACUAGAGAAAAUACUAUGGGAGGCAAAUUCCAAGGGCCUACUCCCACCUCAGUGCUAAUUUGCAGGUGCCCGAACCUGCUGGAUCUUAAGUGACAAAGAAGGAUAAAGUUCUGCUUACUGGCACCGUGGGUAUACUCUGGUGUGCAGGGUAUGGGUUAGCUUUCAAAUCAUUUCAGCAAAAUCCCAAGCAAAAAGUACACAGAGAAAGAAUUUUUAAAAUAAUCGUGGCAGUGUGUAGGCUGAGUUACUCUUCUGUAGCUCUAAGGGCUUUGAAGACAUGACUCUCAUGUAAACAUUAAAAUUUUGUAUUUUUCUACAACCUUCACC